GCCAUGCUAAUUAUCAUCAUUCUUUUUCUUGCAAUUCUGUUAUUCCAAAUACAUUUAUAUUUCUUAGUUAAUAAGUAUUGUUUUCAACUAUUUCGCCCAGUACAGAAGAUAUCGUUCGAUCUGACAAGUCUUGUCACUUACAAAUUCACAUUAAAAAGUUCAUGUUAAAUUAGAAAUGAAUGUACCAAACAAUAGACUAUGAUGUUGUAAUAGUCGGAGGAGGUUUAUCUGGUACGACAGCCGCUUAUACUCUUCUAGAAAAAGUUCCCACAUUAAACGUCCUCAUUUUAGAAGCGAAGGACAACAUCGGAGGUCGAACGCAGAACGUUAAUUUGCGUGUGAGGAAUGGCGAAUUGGCUAGCUUUGAUUUGGGUUGGUGCUGGAUUGAAAACGAUCACAAAUCAGUGAAAAGUCUCGUUGAUAAACUCGAUUUGCAAUUAGUAACAGUGAAUAAAGUAGGCAAAGUUGUGAUACAAUACAAAUCAUACUAUAAACAGCAACAACAUAAUUAUUUGCACAAAUUUCUGAAUAUAUUGGAACGAUACGAAUUACGUCAGUUUUCGAAUAAAGUUGAAUAUUUAUGUCAGCAAUUAAUUGAAGGAGUUCGUUUAGAACAGUUUGAUCUUGUUACAACUGGAGCAUUCAUAAAAACUCAUGUGAGAAAUGAAGCAGUUAAAGCGGUACUUCAUCAAACAAUUUUUAAUCACUUUGGCAUAACGCCAGAAAAUUUACAACUUGUAACUUAUUUAUUUUUCUGUUGUUACGUGAAACCUAUAAACAAGCAGCUAUUGAACACAAAAAAAGAAUUCGUUAAAGGUGGUUGUCACAGCAUUUGCGAGUCAAUAAUCAGUAUAAUUGGUCACAAGUGCGUAAAAACAGGAACAAAAGUAAUUUCACUUGUACAUACUGAAGAAUAUGUUAAAGUUAUUACGCAAACUAAAGAAUAUAUAAGUAGAUAUGUAAUUGUUGCAGUGCCCCCAAAAGACUUUCAAAGCAUAAGAAUUUACCCAAUUUUGUCUGCAACUCAUAUUGCGACUGUUCGAAAUGUUAAAUACGGCCCGAUUACAAAUUUUAUCAUCACAUACCAAACAGAUUUUUGGACGGAGCGCGGUUUAUGCGGGGACUAUUUCAGCUUCGAUCGUCAAUCUUGCAUCAAUGCUUGUUUUAAUGUUACAGUCGAUGGGAAGGCUGCACUUUUCGGCCACAUAUUCGGCAAUAAAGUUUACGAAGAUGCCGGAGACACACUGAACAACUAUAGGUAUAAGAACAUCGUUCUGCAGCAAUUGGAAAACGUCUUUGGUCGCGCUGCCAAAAAACCCAUCGACUACUGCGAGAAAACCUGGAGCGAAACCAGCGACACUUUAAUAUAUACAUGGGGAGUUAAAACUAAAGAUUGUGUUGAAGUUAUACACAAUACCGAUUACGACAGAAUUCAUUUUUGCGGCGCAGAAGCUUCGGUAAAAUGGUAUAGUACGAUGAAUGGUGCAGUUGAAACAGGAAUACGAACUGCACAACAAAUUUUGUAUCUGUUAAGACCCAACGCUUUAACUUUAGAAGAAAUUCAUGAAUUUUCUACUGCCGUUCCUCUAGAAGUUCGUGUACCACCAAUCCGUAGCUGUUUUUGGAUGAACUGGAAAUUUAUCGUUCCUGUAGCUCUAAUUGGUGUUAUUGGGGUUGUUUUCAAGUUAAAAUAUAAAAAAGGAACUGAAUAAAACAAAAACUACA